UAGAAAGAGAGACAUCACAGCAGCGAGAGAUGGCAUUUCAAUUGAUUAAGUCCGCUUUGGAUCAGCAGCUUACGCAGCAGCAGAAGCAGCAGCAACAGCAAUCGCUGAGGCGCCACAGCAAUCUGGGUCUGCCCCAUCAGCACGCCACAGGAGUUGUCCUUCUAAAAUAUGAGCAUCGAAUAAACUCCGGCUCAUGGGAGGACACCUUGGACGAUCAGCAACAGCAGCAGCAGCAGCAGCAGCAGACGUCCUCGUUCAUCCACUCGCCGUCGUCGAUCAAUCCGGGGCACAACGCCAGCAUCACAACAGCGCAGCUGCAUAGCGCCUUCAGUCGACGCAUUGCCGAGCAGCGGGAGCAGCGAGAGCAGCAGCAGCAGCAGCAGCAGCAGCAGAGGUCCCUUAACAAUCUCUGUCUGAAGGCCAGUCCUAGCGCCAGCCAGGACAUCGGCGCCCCCACAAUUGCCGGCGGAAGCUUCAGCGCCAACGGUGGCCAGGCUGCCGUUGGUGUUGGCGUUGGCGUUGGGGCAGUCGUAGGCAGCAGCGGCGCCUGCAGCAGCACCAGCAGUGAGCGGGACAACAAGUCGCCGAGUCGUGAGAGUGAACGGGAGAGGGAGAGGGAACGGGAACGGGAACGGGAAGCACCCCCCACUGCGUGCCACUCCGACGAGGAGGUAUUAACCGAAGAGGAGCAGACCAGCAGCAGCGUGAGUUCUUUAAGCGCCAACAAUCAACGCAAUUCGCAAUUGCGUUCCACCUUCAACAAGGCCAAGCAGCAUUUGUCCUUUGACAAAUGGCGCACGGCCGGCACCGGCACCGGCACAGGCACAGGACCCGCUUCCGGUUCCGGUUCAGGCACAGCAGCAUCAGCAACCGGCACUUCCAAUAGCUCUGGACAAACGGCAGUCACAGAUAGCAGCAGCAGCAUGAUUAUGCGCAGGGCUAGCGCCUGCACUCUGCCCGCCUCUGGCGGCGGUGGGGGCACAGGCUCACAGCGCGAGGACCUCACGACACCCGGCGAGUCCCCAGGCGGACGGCUCUCGCGCUGGUUCUCGAUACGUCGCGGCUCCACGCACCAGUACGAUGUCCGCCAGUCGACGAAUGCCAGUUUCGACACCCCAGAUGCGGCUGCAGCGGCAUCCGCAUCGGCAUCGGCGGCUGGUACCGCCUCGUCAAAAUUAGGGGCAGGAACCGCGCAGGACAGCGCCUCGCCCGGUAAGCUCUGCACAUUGGGCGCCAGCAAGAUGAUGCCCGGAGUACCGGAGAACGAAGAUGACGAGGCAUCAGCGGCAGCUGCAGUGGCCGGCAGUCGCUUCGACAUGGACAUGAUGCUGACACCGGGAGGCAGUCGUGGAGCCGCCAAUGGGAGUACCCGAACGGCCCACGGACGUCUGAUCGUGCCGAUGCUGCCCCCGGCACCGGCCGGGCUCUCGCAGCAGCAGCUCAAGCGGCGCCACAUUGUGGCAGCCAUCGUGCACAGCGAGAACUCGUAUGUGGCUACCCUCCAGCGUCUAGUCAAUGAUUACAAGAAACCCCUGGAGGAGUGCAACCCACCCGUUCUGAAUCCAGUGAAGAUCGCCACCCUGUUCCAUUGCCUGCCGGACAUCCUGCACUCGCACAAGCUGUUCCGCAUCUCGCUGGCUGAGUGCGUGCGCAAUUGGGACAGGGACGAGAAGAUCGGCGACUGUUUCGUGAGCGCCUUUGGGAAGCCGCAGCUGCUGGAGAUCUACUCGGGCUUCAUCAACAACUUCUCGGCGGCCAUGGAGUUGGCCAAGAUGGAGGAGAAGCGCAAGUCCGCGCUGGCUGACUUCUUCAAGGUGAAGCAGAUCAGCGCCCACGACCGUCUGUCGUUCUUCGGGCUGAUGGUGAAGCCCGUGCAGCGCUUUCCCCAGUUCAUACUGUUCCUGCAGGACCUGCUCAAGUACACGCCCCAGGGCCACCACGACCGCAUGUCCCUGCAGCUGGCCCUCUCGCAGCUGGAGCUGCUCGCCGAACUGCUCAACGAGAGCAAGCGCGAGGCGGAGCAGUAUCAGGCCUUCAAGGAGAUGCUCGGCCACAUCUCGGGCACCUUCAACACGCGCGCCCUCAGCAGCGUCAGCGUCAGCGCCGACGGCAGCGGUCCGCGUCCCCGGUACCUUCUGCGCGAGGACAAUGUCACCCACAUGGAGUUUAACCAGGCCGGGCUCAUGGUGAAGUGCAAGCAGCGACGGCUGCUGCUGCUCAACGACAAGGUCAUCUGCGUGUCCGUGGCUCCCAAGCAGUCGCACGACUUUGGGGCCACCGAGAAGCUCACCUUCAAGUGGAUGUUCCCCGUCAACGAUGUCGAGAUUGUGGACAACAGCACAUCGGCGACGCUGUCGCGAAUCCUCACAGCAGGUCUCAAUCGCGGCGGCAGUCUCAAGUCCAACGGCAGCACUGGCCACGCCACCGGCAGCCCCUACGCCCACGGCACUCUUCCUGGCCAUGGCGGAGCGGACAGCAGCUCUCCGGCCGCGGCUUUGACAAGCGGUGCCGACAACCUGUGCAGCGAGAUGAGCACUCUGAUGUACGACUACGAGGUGAUCUCGCGCAUCCACGAUCUGGUGGGGAGCCUCAAGGGCAGCUACAAGGAUCUGAAUGCCAACACGACGCGCACCGUCCUGAAUGCCAUACAGGGCUCUAUUCAGCGCAAGGACGAGGAAAUGGCCUGGGUGGACUCGUGCUGUCUGCAGGUGGUCGGCCGCCACAAGUCCGGCAAGGAGGAGACCUUCACAUUCCAGACGCAGAGUCCGCACGUGAAGAAGGAGUGGAUCACGGAGCUGCGCCUGGCCCAGCUGGCCCUCGAUCCGAACAACUCUCCCGCCUGGGAGCGUAGUGGCUCCCAGCCGGGCCACCCGGCCAUGCAGUCCGCCGAUCGCCAGGUGCCGCAUCACACACCCGAGCAGUUGCAGCUCCAGGAGGCUAUACAGCAGAAGCAGUCGCGCAAGAUGCCGCUCUUUGUCAAGGCAAUGCCCAUCUUCAAGUCACAGCAUCAAUCCGAGGUGCGCUGUGGAUGCUAUUACAGCAUUGCCAACGACACGAAGCAGAGCGGCAAUGCGCGACGGCGGCACAAGCAGCUGAACUACUUGUGGAUGUGCAGCAGCGAUGGUACCUCCUCGCACGUCGCAAUCUUUGCCCAGCAUCCGCAGCAGGCGGGCAAUUUGAGGGAGGCCGGCGGCUUCGAUCUGCAGGAGACACAGGUGUCGGCACUGGAGUUUAUCAAGGGACUGGAUCAGUGGAAGAUCCAGCGCGAGGAGCCGGCAGCGAGCCUGCUGGGCGAUCUCAUUUGGAUGGGCACCGACAGCCGCAAGCUGUUGAUCUUUUCGGCCCGCAAUCCGGAGCAGGAGGAGCAGCUCGGCAGCUACGCUGUGCCGGGUGCCGUGAAGCGGAUCCUCUACCAUUUUGAUGCCAUCUACGUGGCCCUCUCGAAUGCCAGCGUCCUGAUCUAUCGGCGGGCCUUCGACGGGGUCUGGCAGAUGCGCGAUCCGCAGCUGAUUGCGCUGGGCGAAACGGGUUUCCCCGUGCCCAGUCUGCUGCCGAUCAACAUGAAUAUCUAUGCCUCGUGCUCGAACCGGGUGUACGUGCUGAACGCCCUCAACGGGGAGAUCCAGCGGAGCUUCGAGGUGCAGCACGGGGCCACCCAGGAGGUGAACCUGAUGGCCCACUCGGGCAUCGGCCUGUGGAUCUCGCUGAAGAACUCCACGGUGCUCUGUCUCUACCACACAGAGACGUUCAAGCACCUGCAGGAUAUCAAUAUUGCGUCCAGCGUGUUGCGCCACGAUGGCCGAAAGGAGCAGCCGCUCAACAACACCUCUGUCUAUGUGACCGCCCUGAUGGCCUGCAAGGGCCUCCUCUGGGUGGGCACCAAUGUGGGCAUCGCUGUCACCAUUCCGCUGCCCCGCCUCGAGGGGGUGCCCAUAAUCAGCGGCGGCAUCAACAUGUCGUGUCACGCACACUUCGGGCCGAUCACCUUCUUGCUACCACUCAUCCCGAAGGUCUAUCCCACCUACAAGCCGCCGCUGACCGGGCUUACUGUACCGACAGUACCCAGUAUGGGCGACGACCUCCAGCUGCCGGCCAUCGACGCCGAUCCAAAGCUGGAGAUCGACGAUUGCUCUGUUGUUUUGCGCCGCGAUCUAAACAAGUCGGCGGAUAGCUCCUCGAUUCCCUCUGGCUCCGUCAUGAUCCGAGACCUCAGCACGGAGGCCCCAGCCGCCAGCGGUGACUCGGCCGUUCCCUCGGCCGCUUCCUCGCCGCGCAGCUCCAAGCUGGACAAGCAGGGAUCGCUGGACCAGAGUUUCACGGCCAAGAUCCGGGCUUCGCUGGCCAAUUCGCCGGCGUUCCAUCGCAAGCGGUUCCGCGAUCUGGGCGCAGCCCAGGAUGCCAGAAUGUCCAAAACUCUACCACGGGGACACGGCUCGACGGGUGGAGCGGCUGGAGGCGGCGCAUCAGGCGCUUCUGGGAGCGCUGGAGGGGGUUCAGGCUCGGGCUCCCAGCAUGGCAGUGAGCAGGGCUACUGCGAUGUGUACGGACUCUAUGGCAAGCUGAUCUUCGUGAAGGAGGACUACGAUGCCGAGGAGGGGACGCAGGGCAAUCUCAUGGACAUGAUGUACGAGGGAAUGCGUCGAUCCGAUCCCGAACUGGCGGCAAUACCCGGCAAGGUGUGCACCCUGGAUCGGCGCCUGCGCAUGAAGGCCUCUAGGCCGCGCUCCCUCGAUCUCUCCAAUUGGUCCGUGGACUCCAAGUCCUCCAGCCUAUACACGUCGUCGGGCAGCGAGGAGAGCAUGGGCAUCCGUCUCUUUGGCGGCCGAUCGGUCUCCCGCAACAGCAGCAGCGCCAGCCACAAGACAUCCGGCACUGGCAGCGACCUGGGCAACAUCUCCGAGAACGGCCUCAUGACCACCGCCGACAUCCAUCAUCAUCAGCAGCAGACCCAGACCCAGACCCAGCACAGCACUCCCAAUAAAACGGAGAACACCUUGGGAGCAGGAACCUCAGCAGCAGCAGCAGCAGGAGGUGCAGGAGCUGCUGGACAGUCGGCGGACAAGCCAGCGGCUGCCGUGGCCACACUGAAGCGCAAGCAGAAGCAGAACACCAAGCAGCAGCAGCAGCAGAGCGCCGACGGGCCGCGCACCGUGAUCACCCUGAUGGGGGGACGCGGCUACUGGCGCCACUUGUGGCAAAGCCCAAACUCAUCGCCCAGCCACAAGGGUGGCAGUGGUGGCAAAAACGAGGCCUCUGGCUCCGGCUGCGGACCGAGCGGCUCGGGGAAUGCUGGCGGCAGUGGGGGAUCCUCGCCGUCGAGUCCGUCACUGACGGCCAACUCCAAUGAUGCGCACAUAGUGGUGUGGGAGAAGAAAUUAUAAAAUCAGGAGUUGGUGUG